GAAAUCGAACCCUCGAAAAGAGGGGGUACACUACUUCAGUCAACUUUGCUAGGCACGGCUCAUUUGUUUAUGAAGAGUUUUCAGUAAAACCUGUUUGCUUUUAAAAGACGGAAGGAAUCGGUCAUCUUCUUACCUCGAUUUUGCAUCAGCCCUCCAAAAGCUGCACUGGUCGCGGAAGGAUUGUUAAAAUCUGGAUUGUUUGGAGAAGGUUCUGAUGAAAUGGUGGUGUCUUCUGUUUAAUAAGUUUUAGCUUUUCUUUCGUAUUGAUUACCAGUUCAAUAGGGAGUCCAUGGAUGGCCAUUCAACCGCGGUCUUCCUGCCUGUUUACAAGUCCUUCAAGUUCAAAAGUUCCGAAGCCACGAAGGGAUUGAAGGUGGAGAAAAGUACUAGUUCGAACGAUGAUAAUCUGUUCAUUUCCGAUUUGCUUAGUCAAGACAGUGAGGCGGUUCUAAAACCACAUCCAGAUGACAGUCAGAAUAUGCACGCUACAAGGGACGCCGUGACAGCAAAUGAUUGCGCGGCUUGGACGAAUUCUACUAGAACGGCUGCUGUGGACUAUGACUUGCCAGAGUUGGUUGCAUUCCUUCAAGGGAGCAGCAACUACCAGUUCUUUAAGGACAUUGGCAUUGACAAGGAAGUUCGAUGCGAGGACAAGUGUUUCGUACAGCACUGUGAAUCCUAUCAUAGUAGCUUUUCUUGCAUACUUGAUCCUGAUCUGUACAGCGAGGGCGAGUCAAUUAGAGAAUCUCUGGACUCGGAGUCAACCACUUCAACCGAUGAGAAUGACGGCAAAAAGGAUGAUCUUUCAAAUGAUCAUUCAAUCAAGAAGAUCAUAUCCAAAAAAGUGAUUUUGGUUAGACAGGGUACAAGUAACGCGGCCUUGGCCGCAAACUCAAUGGGACGAUCUAUAACUAAGGCAAUUGGCGACAACAGCCGGACGAGCAAUGCCUCUUUAAAAGGUGACCUAGAAAAUACAAGCGGAGCAAAGUUUCUUGCCCCAGAAACGGAAAACUUGUUGAGGCAUGAUUCGUUGAAAGAUAGGAUGUCAGAUAGCCUAGCAGAAUCGUGUCAACGACACCUGCAUUGCCGCGGAGAAUCCAGUUCCUCAGCAUCCGAACUUCCUUCGGGCUCAUUUUCGUACUUGGGAGGAAUACCGGGUUUUGGCAGCAUCUCUCAUCGGUCGAGCAGCAGCACAACUAGCUCCGAGUCUUUCGCUUUUCCCAUAUUAUCCUCGGAAUGGAAUGGCAGCCCGGCGAGAAUGGGGAGCGCUGACGAGCGACAAUUGCACCAGCACCGGCACUGGGUGAUGCGAUUUCUCUGCUGUAAAUUCUGAACGUGACACACACACAUACAUUUUUGGCUCAAGUGUUUCGUCCGGGAUGUUAAGCCCUUGUGUCUUGCCUUAUAGAUCUUGAUGUAAACAAUAACAUCAUAAUACAAAUCCAUUUAAAAAUAUUUGGA